GCCACACCCAAAACCCCCGCCCGGCACGGAGCGAGCCACCGCCGCCCUCCGCACCACACCUCACCCACAGGACUUUAGCCUAGCCCCCCUCAGCCUCUGGAGCGGACACCACACACACACACACACAGUACUGACCGAGCUAACAUGUCGCGGGUCGGCCCUUCCUGCGCUCUCCUGCUGCUGCUUUCGGUGCUGUGCUAUUCAGUGGAGUCAUGUGUUCAGAGGCAUGUCAGAGCACAAGUUCCUGAGACGCUGCAGGCUGGUUAUGCUGUCUCCAGAGUGAAUCUGGAAGGCUGUGGGAUCAAGCGACUGCAAUUGGCUUCUAGUGACCCGGACUUCACCAUACAGACAGAUGGAACCAUUCUAACUGUGAGCAUCACCACAGUACCAGACAGCGGCAAGUCUUUCUGCAUAUGGGUGCAAGACCAGAGAGGUCAUAAGUGGAAGGUGGAUGUCAGCCUUACUCCCACAGAGCAGAUUUCUCAGAAGUCCAGUAAUGUGGUUCUUAGACGUGCUAAGAGAAGAUGGAGUCCUCUACCUUUCAAUAUCAAAGAGAAUGAUCCAGGCCCUUUCCCUAAGGAUGUGGAGUUUAUUGCAUCAGACUCCUCUUUAAAUUUCUCAGUAUAUUACACGAUUGAUGGGCCUGGAGUUACCACUGAGCUUGUGGGCCUUUUCUCAGUUGUCCCCAAUUCCGGCUUGCUGAGAGUCCACCAAACCGUUGACCGUGAGAUGUACCCUCAGUUCGUAUUCACAGCUCAUGCAUUUGACAGAUACUCUAAUAAGGAGACAGACCUUCCAUUAAAAAUCACUGUGAACGUGAAUGACGUGAAUGACAAUGCUCCUCAGUUUUCAAGCCCUCUGUUCUUUAUUGUGCCGGAGCAAAGUGACCCAGGCACUAUUGUAGGACAAGUGAAUGCAACAGAUAGGGAUGAGCCCAACACUCCCCACACCAAAAUCAGGUACACUCUAAUAAAUGGCACGGACCUUUUCAACAUCAAUCCUUUCAGUGGAGUUAUAACUACCAAAACCAACACACUGGACAGAGAGACUCAGGACAGAUACAUUGUUAAAGUAGAGAUCAGAGACAUGGGUGGAGCAUCAGAUGGACUUUUCAGUCAAGGUUUGGCUUCGAUCUCUCUGGGUGACAUCAAUGAUAAUCCACCUAUCUUCAAAGAAAAAGCGUACAAGGCUCAGGUCCAGGAGAACCAGGCAAAUGUGUUGGUCCUUAGAAUCCCAGUAGAGGAUAAGGACCUACAAGGAACUCCGAACUGGAAAGCAGUGUAUGAGAUCACCAAGGGCAAUGAGACUGGAAACUUCUGGAUCAAGACUGACCCCACCACCAAUGAAGGGCUUCUCUACGUCACAAAGCCUCUGGAUCGUGAAAAGCAGGAUUUGGUAAAGCUGGAGAUUAUGGCCCGUAAUGAGGUUCCUCUGGUGCAGAGUAGCUCCUCUUGGAUGAAGGUGCCUGUGGACCUCACUGUGACUGACGUGGAUGAGGGACCAGAAUUCUCUGCACCCAUACUGCGGCUAAAAGUCAAAGAGAACGUAGCCAACGGAACUCUCAUUGGAACCUACACAGCCAUCGAUCCAGAGACGAAGAGCAGCAAGGGCAUAAAGUACUACAAGUUGACUGACCCAGGUUCCUGGAUCAAUGUGAUGGAGACUACUGGUGAAUUGAGGACCGCAAACACCAUUGACCGAGAGUCACCUCUUGUCUACAAUGAGACAUACAACAUCACUGUCAAAGCUGUGGAUGAAAGUCAGAAGACUGGUACAGGUACAGUCGUGAUCCUGAUUGAGGAUGUAAAUGAUAACUACCCAGUGAUCCCAGUACCAGACCGGACGGUGUGCUCAAAAGAAAAUCAAAGGAGCUCUACGACCGUUGAAGCUGUGGACUCUGAUAAAUCUCCGUAUGCUGGCCCUUUUACCUUUGAAUUAGGGCCAGGAAAUGAUGGGAAAUGGAAGAUCAAGGAUCCCAAGCCAGGUACCUCAGUGGUCCUGGAGCAGGCCGAGGACUUGCCGAAUGGCCAGUACAAGGUCCCCUUGAUUGUGAAGGACCUCCAAGGUGAAGGGACAGAGCAGACUGUAAAUAUCCAAGUGUGCACAUGUGUAAGGGAUGGAGAGUGUGCAGCUCAGAAGAUUUCUGCCAAACUGGGAGUGUGGGCCGUUCUCGCCAUGCUGCUGGCCCUGCUGCUUCUCCUGCUGCUCUGUUUGCUGUUUGUCUUGGUGUGCAGCACGAAGGGAGAGAAACUGCGCAUGACUGAUGAUUAUGAUGGAACCGGGGGAAUGCUGCUCAAAUCUAACACUGAGGCUCCAGGGGAGGAAGUGAAAGACACUCUGCUGGUGAUGCCUGGCAGUGGAGUAGAUAUAGUGGAUGGCUCCAAAGGGGGAGCAACCAUGGAGCAUCAGACCAUGCUGGGCACUGCAGGAGGGGCCUAUGGGCAGCACGCCAUACACGGAGGAAGCAUGUACCAGACCGGCACCCAGGGCUACAUGACCAACCAAAGCAUGUUUUCCUCUGGACAGUAUGGUGCAGGCUUUUAUGGCAACACCAUGUACAACAAGUUCUCUGACAUGUCCGCUCUGGACACAUGGAGGACCAAUGAGCUUUACCUGGACAACAAACUGGCCUACUUUGGGGAGGAGGAAGAUGGGCGGUAUGCGGCAGAUUUGCUAAAGGCUUAUGGGUACGAGGGGAUGGGUUCUCCUGCAGGGUCUGUUGGGUGCUGCAGUGUCAUCAGUGACCAGGACACGUUGGACUUCCUCGACUCACUUGGGCCCAAAUUCAGAACACUUGCUGAUGUGUGCACGAACAAAGCAGAGAGGGGUCAGCAGUAAGACAGGUGGGCUGGUGGGUUUGGGGAAAAAAUUAAAAAAGAGCGUGUGAAAUGACUUGAGAUCAGCUCAUGAGAAGUGCUUAUAAGAACUGAUCUGUCCUUCCUGAGAAAAGGAGAAGAGUAAGAGGAGAAGCAGAAACACUGGAUGUUGCAAUCAGCAGUCACUGGAAUCUAUCACCAGGGCUCUACAGCCUUGCAUAUUACUGCCUGGAGCUUUCUAACCAUGCUUUUUCUAAGAGAGGACUGAUAGAGAAGAGCUGAUGCAUUUGUAUGAAAUGUGUUGGAGUGAGAGAGUGUGUGUGUGUAUGCGCGUGUGUGGUUAUAUUUUGUAGAUGAGCUAUUGGACAACACAAUGUUUCUACUUUUACUGUAUUUUACGGACUAUAAGGCACACCGUAUUAUAAGGCGCACUAUCAAUAAACAUCUUAUUUUCUUGUCUAUUUUUAUACAUAAAGCGCACCGUAUUAUAAGGCACAUUUUUAGCGACAAUAGAAAGGAACAUGGGUGUCACCAUGUUUCCCUUCUAAUGGGGAAGCGCCUAAGUAAAAAAAAAACUGUAAUUCUUAAAAAAAAAAAAAAAAAAAAAAAACAUUUUCUUUUAAAGUCAACAAGCACUGGCUGUAAAUCUACACAGAUUUCUCUGUUUAUUUGGACGAGUAAAGUGCUUCUGGUUAUUUACUGUAAGCUUAGAAUUCCAAUAUUCUAAACAGCGGCUAAUGCUAAUACUGCUCCAAUCUCAGUGCUGGAGAAUCUUCACUGAAACUCCUUUUUUUUUUUUUUUUUUAGCUUUACUGCUUCUUACAGCCUGACUAGUAGAAUUUAUACAUACACCAGAGAAAAUGAAAGGAUUUUAAGUGUGCCUUAUAGUGCAAAAAAUGUAUACUAGCAUUCCUACUGAAAAACAGGUUCAUGUUUAACUAUGGCGCCAUUUUUCAUUACCAUAGACAUGACAAUUACUGUAAACAAGUUUAUUAUUAUAUGUAUUUGCCCUAAUCCAGUGAUGAGUAAAUGAAGAAUUAAGAGUUUAGCUCUUAAGCUCUCAGUAGUUAAAGCGUGUCUGUGUGUGUAAGUGUGUAAAAAUAGGGCUAAACUCUCAUGUAAUAAGUUGAUAAUAGCAAUAAAAUAUUCAUAUUCAUCAAGUAAACAAUGUAUCGGGCAGCAUCACCCUUGUCACUGUUGAAACAAAACCUUGAAUCGUCAAAACGGUUGUUUUACAAGAGAAGGAAAAAAAGUUUUGUACACUACCAAGUUAAAAUUAACUUUUUUUUAAUUACUUUUUGACAUCUGUUGUACUUUUUACACUAUGUCAAAAUAUCAUGAUGAAUGUAAUAAUAAAAAUGCUCCAAAAUAAAUACAAUAUAUUUUUUUCUAGUGUAAAGUUGGCCUUUUGGAGAGAAAAAAAUGUAUUAACAGUGUUACAAAUGUUGAGAACUGGGCAUCUAAAUACCUGGAAACACUGUAUUCAUGCCAGGCUGAUGCUGCCUGGUCUCUGAAACAGUGAUACUGCAUUUCUACUGUAGACUGCAAAAGUGUUUACUUCCUAAGCAGCAGUUUCUGGAUUUUUGUUUGUUUGUUUUUUUUUUUUAAAUAACCAGGAUGAAUGUAAAGCUUUCAAGAGGCAUAUUCCAAAUAGAGUUCUCUAACAAGAAGCUGGUGCUGGUGUAUUAGAUAUUGUGUAGUAGAACCCUUUCAUUAAGGUUCAGUGAUUACCAAGGGACUGACUCACGUGGGACAGGUAGAGUCUUGGAUGCUGUAUAAUUUUUAAUAUAUUUUUUAAUUGGUAUGUCGAGGGCUGGGGAGGGUAUAAAUGCUCUCGUAUCUAAUGGCAGUACAGUUUAACUGGAACCUGUGGGCCUUUGGUAAUGUAAUUUUAGAGAACUGGGCCAAAUCUGAACCUGUUAACUUGACUACAUGUUUUAUCAUUAUGCCAGAAAAGUUUCACACCAAAAUUCCCAGAAUGCUUUGCAAACUGUUGCCUUGUUUUUGUCGCAUCAUUUUUUUUGCUUGUUUCUGUUUUAAAUGGUUGCAACUUUUUUAAGAGUUUAAAAUAAAAAUGAUAAAUAACAA